AUUAUGCAAAACAAGUCGCUUGUCUUGAGAUGAGUUUCGUUUGGAGGGGAAAGUGCACUGCUCCAGAGACAAAUCAAAGGAUGUUUUCGCGCCUAGUGCCCUGCUUCUUCUGCCUUCCGAGUCAAAUGGGACACCGGACUUAACACACAAGGAAGACGAGCGGCGGAGCCGAAUGAAGGGUGCCGGCGAGACACCACCUUCACCCACUUCCCUACGUCCACUCCCGCCCCUUUUCGUUCUACGCAGACGGGUGGGGCCGGCAUCUGUCUGGCCGGAAGGGGCCGGGCCGCAGGCACCCAAACUUCCGGCAUGCCGCCGGGCGGCGCUGCCUGUGGUUCUAACGCGAGGCGCGAGAGCGGGCUGGGUGACGUCACGGUAGGCGGUGGGACGGGGGAUGUUUGGGGCAUGCGCAAUAGACCGACUUCGCCGACCCGGGUCCGGCGGGCCGUAAAAGACAGGCCGACGCGGGCGGGAUUUCCAGUGUUGCGGCUGGGGGAGGGGGCCUAGCGGCUUUCCUGGCAGCAUGCAGGAAACUGGCAGGGGUUCCUGAGCCUGAACCUGCAGCGAAAGUAGAAGAACGUAUGCCCUUCUUCAAGUGUCUGGAGCUCAGAGAUGCAGCCCAGGGGAGGGAACUGUGACUAGUUAAGGAGGCCAUGCUUGCUCUUGCUGCCAGAUCCCAUGUCGACACCAAGUCCUCAGUUGCUGGUGGCAGCUGCUCAGCAGACCCUGGGCAUGGGAAAGAGACGAGGCCCACCCCGAGCUGUCUGCCUUCAUCUAGCUGGAGAGGUGCUGGCUGUAGCCCGGGGACUGAAGCCAGCUCUGCUUUAUGAUUGCAACUGUGCAGGGGCAGCAGAGCUCCAGAGCUAUCUGGAGGAGCUGCAGGGCCUGGGCUUCCCGACCCAGGGACUUCACAUCCUUAAGAUUGGAGAAAGCAGCCUGAUUGUCCUUCCUGAGCAUGUAUGUCAGCACUUGGAGCAGGUGCUGCUUGAUUCCAUAGCCUUUGUGGACGUUUCCAGCUCUCAACCUCACCCUUCCGUCUGCUCCCUGGACCAGCUUCAGGACUUGAAGGCCUUCAUCGCUGAGAUCAUCACACAUUUGCGGGGGCUGUGGAGGGACCGAUCCCUGGCAGUCUCCUGCAGCAGGCUCCAUUCCUCAGACUGGAAUCUCUGUACUGUGUUUGGGAUCCUCCUGGGCUAUCCUGUCCCCUAUACUUUUCACAUGAACCAGGGAGAUGACAACUGCUUAGCCCAGACUCCACUACGGGUGUAUACUGCCCGGAUCUCAUGGCUUUGUGGUCAACCACCAGUCUUGCUCUAUUCCUUUAGUGUCCCAGAGAGCUUGUUCCCGGCCUUGAGGGACAUUCUAAACACUUGGGAGAAGGACCUUAGAGCUCGAUAUAGGAAUCAAAAUGACUUUGCUGACCUCAGCAUCUCCUCUGAGAUAGUCACACUGCCAGCUGUGGCCCUCUGACUUUAACUCUUCCUGUGUGGAAGGUGCUCAGUAAAUGAUCAACUCUAGGUCAGGGAUGGCAGAUAGGAAUCAUGUCAAGUGCCAAUUCCGAGCAUUUCGAGGACACUAGGAAAGAAUGCUGUAAUCAGUUUGCCAUUUCUAUGCUGAACUGGACUAGGAGAGUAGACCAGGAUGCUUCAGGAAUAAACAGUUCUUCGGAACAGA